CCGGUCCCCCCCGGAACCCGCGGCGCCCGCGAUGGUCCCGCCCGGGCAGCCCUGAGCCCUGCGCGGGUGCGGGCGCUGCCUCCUCCCCGCCCCUCGCCCCAGGGAGCCGACACCAACUUCUGCUGUUGAACUCCGCUCUGCCCCUUCUUUUGGCCCAGGGCGACCUCGGCAGCCCUGACCGCAGCAGACAGUCCCGAGUACCCAGAAAGGCCCCUGGGUGGCCCGGCGCCUCCCCGGCUCUUUCUGGAUGGAGACGCCUCAGGACGGAGCUGGCUGAACGCUUUGGCCUUCGCCUUCCAGCCCCUGCUGACCACACCUGCCCUAGUGCAGAGGCUGCGUGAGAAGCAGGAAAUGCUGUACCAGCCAGCUCCCGGGGAUCUUGGUCUGACCACCAGGAUGGAGCUGGGGCCCGCGACCGAGACCUUCGUGCUGGAGCUUCGGUGUCUUGAAGAUGGGGGCCCAGCUCCUGAUACCCUCUCAGGUGGCAGUGGUGGGAGUGAGAGUCAGGAGGAAGAAGAGGCUCAGGAGAGGAGCAGCAGCCCACCACGGCCAGCAGUCUCAGCCCCAGUGGGGGCCAGUGAAAUUGCCGAGAAAGCCCAGCCAGAACAGCAGGAGGUGCAGCUGCAGCAGGUAGAACAGCAGCCAGAGCUGCAACAACAGCCACAGAAGGAGCGGCUGCAGCAGCAGCAACCACAAAACCAGCUGUUAGGACAUCAGCCAGAAUUGCAGCAGCAGCAAGAUGGGCAAGAACAGCUGCCUCAACAACAGCAGGAGCUACAGGAAAAACGCCCAUCUGUGCAACAAGAGCAACUGGAACCACAACUACAGCCAAUGCAGCAGCAGGAACAGUUACAGCAGCAGCAGCAGCAGCAGCAAGAUGGGCCACAGCAGCUGCCUCAACAACAGCAGGAACUACAGGAGAAACCCCAACCCAUGCAGCAUCAGCAACCAAAACCACAACUGCAGCUGAUGCAACAGCAGGAACAGUUACAAGAGCAGCAAGUGCAAGAGCAACAAUUGUUGCAACAACAGCAGGAACAAACACAGGAGCAGCAAGUGCAAGCACAGCAGCUGUUACAGCAACAGCAGGAACAGUUACAACCACAGCAGCAGUUGCAACAGCAGAAACUGUUACAGCCGGAACAGUUACAGCAGCAGCAGCAACAGGAACAGUUACAACCACAGCAGGAACAGUUACAGCAGCUGCAGCAGCAGGAACAGUUACAGAAGCAGCAACUGCAACAGCAGUUGCAGCAAGAACAAUUACAGCAGCAGCUACAGCAGGAACAGUUACAGCAGCAGCUGGUGCAGCAGCAACAGUUACAGCAACAGCAGCUGGUGCAGCAGCAGCAAGAACAGCUGCAGCACCAGCAGCUGCAGCCCCGCCCACUGGAGCCAGAAGAGGAGGAAGAGGUGGAGCUGGAGCUCAUGCCAGUGGACCUGGCGUCGGAGCAGGAACUGGAGCAGCAGCGGCAGCAGGAGCUGGAGAGACAACAGGAACAGCGGCAGCUGCAGCUCAAACUGCAGGAGCAGCUGCAGCAGCUGGAGCAGCAGCUGGAGCAGCAGCAGCAGCUGGAGCAGCAGCAGGAGGUGCAGCUGGAGCUGACCCCGGUGGAGCUGGGGGCCCCGCAGCAGGGGGUGCAGCUGGAGCUGACCUCCGUGCAGCCCGAGCUGCAACUGGAGCUGGUGCCCGCCGCAGCGGACGGCGGGGCGUCGGUCCCGGGGGCUCCCGCCGCCGUCGUGGUGGCUCCCCCGGGCUACGUGGUACUGCAGGAGCUCAUGGUGCUGCCGGCCGUGGCGGCGCCCGCGGUGGUGGCCAUCCCGGGCCCAGCGGGCAGCGCGGCCCUGACGCCGGCCCGGCAGCGGCGGCGGCGGCGCGCGCGGGACCGGCCGACCAUCUGCGGGGAGUGCGGGAAGGGCUUCAGCCGCAGCACGGACCUGGUGCGGCACCAGGCCACGCACACGGGCGAGCGGCCCCACCGCUGCGGCGAGUGCGGCAAGGGCUUCUCGCAGCACUCGAACCUGGUGACGCACCAGCGCAUCCACACGGGCGAGAAGCCCUACGCCUGCUCCUACUGCGCCAAGCGCUUCAGCGAGAGCUCGGCGCUCGUGCAGCACCAGCGCACGCACACCGGCGAGCGGCCCUACGCCUGCGGUGACUGCGGCAAGCGCUUCAGCGUCUCCUCCAACCUGCUGCGCCACCGGCGCACGCACUCGGGGGAGCGGCCCUACGUGUGCGAGGACUGCGGCGAGCGCUUCCGCCACAAGGUGCAGAUCCGCCGCCACGAGCGCCAGCUGCACGGC